CGCCGUGGCGGGGGAAGGCAGGGCCGGGCCCGGCCUCUCCUCGGACUCUCCCGUCUCCCGUUCCCAGCGGGACCAUCGCCCUGAUGAAUCCCAAGAGAAGGAGCGGGACGGCGGGUGGACGUCGCUUCUGCGGGCUCGUUAUCCGGAGAGUUCUUAAGUAAACGCUGGACGUGUUGUGAGUUCCCGCGGGCAAAGGCGCCUCCGUUGUGCCCAUAAUGGAUGAGGAGAGCCUGGAAGCGGCCAUCCACACCUACAACGCGCAGCUGGAGCAGGUGGAGCUGGCGCUGGGGGCCGGCCAGGACCCGUCGCAGCACUCGGACCUGGUGCAGCUGCAGGAGGACCUGAAGCAGCUGAUCGAACUGACCGAGUCCAGCCUGGUGGCUGUGAAAAAGAGCAAACUCCUGGCCACUCUGGACGCAGAUGCCUCCUCCUCCUCCCCGGCAGGUGUCCCGGGGCACGAUCCCAGCGUGGAGAGCUCUGCCCAGGAUGAGGAAUACGCUGCUUUUAAGGAAGCCAUUGCUGGCCUUGGAGCAGACGAGGAGCCUCCAGGGAAUAACAACGAGAACUCCUCGGAAGGAGGGGGAGAAACUGGUGAUAAAAAUGAAUCCAAGUGCAGCGAAGAGGAGGAGGAGUUAGAGAGGGAGGAGGAGGAGGAAGAGGAGGAGGAGCUGAGUGGGAUGAAGGUUAAAGCCCCCUACUACAGCUCCUGGGGGACCCUGGAGUACCACAAUGCCAUGAUAGUGGGGACAGAGGAACUGGAGGAUGGCAGUGCAGGGGUCAGGGUGCUCUACCUGUACCCGACCCACAAGUCCCUGAAGCCCUGCCCGUUCUUCCUGGACGACAAGUGCAGAUUUAAGGAGAACUGUCGGUUUUCCCAUGGCCAGGUGGUGUCUGUGGAGGAGCUCCAGCCCUUCCAGGAGCCUGACCUGAGCUCGCUGGGGGUGGGCUCAGCCUGCCUGGCGAAGCACAGCGAUGGGAUAUGGUACACGGCCAGAAUCACUGAUGUGGACAGUGGCUACUACACAGUGAAGUUUGACUCCCUGCUGCUCAAGGAGGCUGUGGUAGAAGGGGACAGUGUCAUCCCCCCACUGAGAAGUGAAGAUGCUGCUGGGUCUGAAUCUGACGAGGACAGUGUCGAUGAUUCUGGUUAUGCCAAAGUGAUAGAUUCCGGAGUUCCAGAGAACGGGGAGUGGACUCCUGCGUGCAGCUCUUCUUUCGGUGGCUGGGAAGCCCACACUCGUGGCAUUGGCUCCAAACUGCUUGUUCAGAUGGGAUAUGAGUUUGGAAAAGGGUUAGGGAAGAAUUCUCAGGGCAGAGUGGAGCCAGUGCAGGCUGUGGUGCUUCCUCGAGGGAAGUCCCUGGACCAGUGUGCUGAGGUGCUUCAGAAGAAGAAGCAGGGGAAGCUGGACCCAGGCAAAUCGAGGAAAUGCCGAGCAAAGGGAAACAGCUCCGGACAGUCGGGCGGCCGGAAGCCCCCCCGGAACGUGUUUGACUUUUUGAACGAGAAGCUGCGUGGGAAGAGCUCUGGGGACAAGGCUGGAGGGAUGGCCCUGCCCCAGAGGAACAGCAAGGAGAUCUACCACGCCAGCAAGAGCACCAGGAAAGUCCUGAGUGUCCACCUCUUCCAGACCGCGGAGGAGAUCGAACAAACGCUGAGGGAUAUCAGGGGAAUCCAGCAGGCCCUGGAACGCAACACCGGGCGGCACAGUGUUGCUGCAGCCAGGCUGGAGGAGAAGCUGGCAAAUGCUCACAAGAAGCUGGGGCAGCUGCAGGCCCAGGAAGCCAGGCUGCAGCGGGAGCAGAAGAAAGCAGAAACCCACAAGAAGAUGACUGAGUUCUAAGGUGCUGAGGAAGGCAUUGGACUGCAGGGAUUGUCCUUCUAGUGCUCCUGGCCUCAGAGCCUGGGUGAGCCAUCCUGAUCCUCUGGGCCUCAGGCUGCCCAGCCUGAAACUGGGUGGAAAAGCAGCAGUUUCUGGAUGCUUCUGAGCUCUGCUGGGACUGGAGAGGGGGAAGUACAGAUCCGUCCAGCCCCCAAAGCAUUCCCUGAGCUGGGCCUUGGAUGAGGACUGGCUGUACAAAAUAUGAUUCUCUGCUCUCUUGCACACUUUUUUCCUCCGUUUUCCCUGCGGUAGCACCUCCAUCCAGAGUCAGUGGCUGCUCAGGUGAUAACACUGCUGGCUGCAAAGCAGCUGAGGGGGCUUGGACAGCCCCACAUCCUGCCAUCAGCUGUGGCUUCUGCCUGCAGCCCCCCUGAGGAGCACAGGUACAGGCAGGGUCCAGAGCACGGCCUGGCAAAGCAGAAAAGGCGUGUGCUGGGAGAAAACAUCAAAGGCAAAGUGCUUCAGCUGCUCUCUGCCUUCUGGUUUUUACUGUGGGGUUUAUCUGAGGGCUCCAGUUUUUGGGGGGAGCAGUUCUUUGUAGCCUUAGUGUUAGGAAUAGGCAGAAAACUGGCAGCUCAGAGGUGGGAACCAGCGGCCUCGAGGAUCAGAUUUCAGCAGUUUGACUGUAAGAGUAUCCCAGGACAUGCUGUAGCCUAAACUCAUUUGGCUUGGCAGGGAAGGCUGUGUGGGUCCACAAGUAGAGUGCCAACAGUGGGGGAAUAAGCCAGCAGUGUAAUGGGAUUCCCAAACACUAGCAACAACUCCACGAGGAGCCUUGUGAUUUUUGUGACCAUCAGUUGGGUUUUUCUGUCCGAGGUGGCUCACUGAACACAGGUCCUUUUACUAAAAAACCUCAGGACCCAGGUGCAGGUUGGACUGGGCCCUGGAUGAGCACAAGGAGCAGGAUCUGUAUGUGUCCACUGUGCAGCCCUGCAGUGGGAGAGAUUGGGGCUGGGCUGGGAGCAGCACAGGCAAGCCAAGUGCCCUUCCCUGCACCAUGGAGAGUCUUUGGACAGGAAGGUUGUUCUCUCCCAUCUGUUACAUUCUGCAUUGGUUGCAGCCAAUCCUUGCCCCAGAGGAGAUGGUGGUUUCAUCAGACUGUUUCUGGUGGGAUUUGUGCAUUGUAAAGGCUUAUUUUUAAAAAAAAAAAUUUGCAAUUCA